GCCCAAUUCAAUCAAUCGAAUCCUCACUCGGCUCCUUUCGUUUCUUUACGCAAUUCGUUGUCAUUGUGGUUUUCGCAGCCUGCUGUGCUGUACAACACGAGAUUCUUUCUUUUCUUGACACUCGUUCACCCUAUUGCAUGCCAACUUUAUUGCAAUUGAUUUCGCCCAGGGCCCUCUUUUUAUCCGCUUUCGCCCCGUACCGAAGGGUCCCCCUGAGUGACGGCCUUCUGCACAUGCAACCUGCCUAAUUGCAGCCAUCAAGCUGUCUGAUAUUCAUCUUGCACAGCCAUCCGCAGAUCCUCUUGCUUCAAUUUACCCGUGCGACCAUCAAACAUCUUUCUCCGACUAGCCAGCAUACUAGUACUGUCGGACAGAUGAAAAGCGUCGACGACACCACCUCUGUCUAGACACUGGCGACUUCCCCCAACAAGCGAUGCCGUUCUUCUCAAGGGUCUUCAAGAGCAAGGAUGGGGCUGUCAAGAAGUCAACGGCUCCAGUCGCAAACGGUCAUACUGACAAGAAACCUCAAUGGUCGGACGCAUGGAUACGGACGAGGGUUGACCCAGAGGAGGUGUCAGAGUUGUUGCAUUUCUGCACUGCCGAGUUGAAAUCAAGAGCACUCGAUGUCCCCUUCCUCUUAUUGCCCUUCAGGCCCUCAUCGGAUCCUUCGGCGGCGAGAACCUUCGUGCGCAACUUCUUCCUUCCACCUCAAGACCGGGAGCCGCUGCGAGGAUCCAUGUUGGAGAACGAGUUGCGCAUGACCGAAGUCAUGGUCCUGAUUAGUGUCAUGAAAUGGUGUUGGGCUCGCUUACCUGGCGGUGUCGUUACAUGGGAGGUCUAUGAAGGCUUCCGUGUUGGAGAGAAAGAUUCUGGCUACGCGCGUGAUGCCUUCAGCACCUUCAUCCCUCUAGGUGUAGAUUCGCCUUCUCGUGUGCUGAUAAUUCAAGACUACUUUGAUUUACUCGCAGCCAUUGCUGCGCAUGGUAAAGUGAACGGUCUGGGAGGUCACAAGCUGUCCAGAUACGCCGGUUGGUGGGCCUUUGAACACUACGACAGUGGCAAAGGGUUCGAGACUGGAUACAAAUCCUGGGCAAAUGCUGCUGAUGCAACCUCUCACCUUUUCUUCGCUUACUUACGCUCACUAUCUCCUGGUGCCGGAAAGGCGAGUGGUAUUCUAAAUCUCCCCAGAUCCCUCCAACAGCUUCUGGACUCCACUACAUAUCCUCCGAAAAGCGCAUUGUUAUCGAACAGUACUACCAAAGUGGUCAUGAUUGUAGACGUGGUCUCGCCCACCCCUUAUGCACUGCUGAGACGGGCAAAGAAUUUCGAAUACAGGGAUGACGACCGUGGACUGCAGCAAUUUGCCAGUUAUGAUGACCCGGUGGAGGCAUUGACGGACGAGUGUCGUCGUGUCCUGAAAGCGAUCUCGUCCGCGAAUCAAUCUACCAUUUCUGACGCAAAAACUUCGACCAGUUUGACUGAUCCCUCCUGGUCAAGAUUUCAAGACAUAGGCUUUGGGAGCUCGCUCGAUGAUGACGAAGAUGACGACGGCGGUCUUUUAGGACGCCGACCGGUUAACACAAGGCCCUUGCGUACUGCGCCCCGCUCAGGAGGGUAUCAAAACCUUGCCAGGCCGACGACUCCCUCAUGGGCCGACUUCCUCUCCUCUGGAUUCACGGACGAGCAUGGCAACACGGCUCCAGCACCAAUCCUACUGCCUCCAGACAAGAUCCUCCCACCGAUCAAUUCUACGAUGAUCAGAGGCCAAAGCUCUCAAUCACACAGGAGGAAUCUCAAUGCACAACCUAACUUAGAACCUGGCGAGCUGGCGAGUAUCAUCAGGAUGGCUGUCGACGACUCUUUCUGGUGGGUUUGGAUCAGCAGUCUGGCGCCAGAAGAACCGACAUCCAGAAAAGCCGUCUUCGGCCGCUGCGCUCUGAUAGAGACAGUCUUGCCCGACGGACAUUGGAUGGUGAUGGAAGAACAAGUCAAAGGCGCCGCGCCAGAACCCGCUGCUGGUGCCUAUAUUGCUGAGACGAAGAAAUCUUUCUUGGGAUUUACGACGAAGCGUGGACGCUUGACUCGGCGACGCUCGCAGUCAAAGAAAAGCCCCCUCUCGCCCGAGCCGCAUUUGGAAUCUACCAGCCGAGCCACAUUAGCACCAGAUCAGCAGGCUAAAAUCCAACAGGCCGCGGCCGAGCUAACGAGAAAGAAGGAAGCCGAGGAGAGAGAGAAAGCAGCAGUCCACGCUCGACGGGGUCGCACGCAAGACACUGUCAUUCCAUCCAAGACAAACAGUAUCUUUACCAUUGGACCCCUCAUUAAGGAUGAGGCUUCCCCGGCACUCCAAUGGGCCAGCCAGUAUGACAAGAAAGCGAUCCGGGCUAAGUACCUGGGUGAUACGUUGGCGGGCAAAGGUUCGCGCGAACUCUUGACUCUUCCUUCGAGCGGGCUCAGCAGGUCGACGUCGACGCUUUCCGUGGUGAGCAAGAAUAAGGAUCUGCCAGUUCCACCUGGUAACGAGUCUCGCCCUGCGCUUUCGGGAAGAAGUCAUUCAGAAGAACCUGUUGCGGUAGCACAAGCACCGCCGCCAGCACCAACAUACCCAGUAGCAGACACGCCGCCCAUCGUGGUUGAGCCGGCCCCCAUUCCCUUUGAACCUGAGGUGCCAGUUGAGACUCAUGCAGACGCAGAAGCAGCAGAAAUACCCUUGCCACCAGCGACACCUGAGAUAACCCAGGAACCGACCCCUAAGCAGGCGCAACCUCCCAAGCAACAUGCGAAAUUGCGCAAAUCCGUUGACCAACAAAGAAAAUCACCCGAACAGAAAAAAAGGGGCAAGACUCCAAGCGGGCCGCCGCCAGUGCAACACAGGAGCGGCAUUCGUCGAUUGUUUGGUACCAAACGAUCCAAGUCACGAGAGCCGAAAGGGCGGGAACCUCUCCCAGCUGACGAACACCCGGCUUCGCCAGUGGAGGAGGAUCCUGCAGUCGCUGCAGCAAGACGAGCACUGGAAGGGCGACCCGCCGAACCUGGUGACGGGCCCACCUCGCCACCUUUGAGUCCAGGACAUUUCAUGGGUCUUGCGAACGCGAAGCCUCCAAAAGCUGUGCAGAACGAGGCACCGGCCACUGUAUCUAUGAGCGCACCUGUGGAAACAGGAUCGACCCCUUAUCUCCCGAACCAGCCAGAGCCUCAGUACGAACGACCAGUUGUGCCACCCAGGGUUCACCGAGGUCAGGAGUACGACCAACUUUCCCGUGUGGACACCAAUGAGCGCGAACACGCAGAUAGGGAGUUUUCAACCUUCGACCAAGGACCAUUGCUGGAUCAGCCUGCAUUUAUGCCUCCAGAAACGCCAACUCGAACUGAAUUUGCCACACCCGCAGAAGAGAUGCCCCCACCACCAAUGAACAUUCAUGCUGCCGUGACUAUGGGGCGUGAAGAGAGUUCGGCGGAUGAAGAGGAAGGGGCUCCCUUGACGGAACAGGUGAGCCCCACCGAUCGAUGGGCUCAGAUUCGCAAAAAUGCCGCGGAACGAGCCCUUAAGCAAGAGGAGCAGACGUCGCGGAGUCGGACCGAGACUCGUACGGAUGAUGGGGAGACCAGUGGAGAAGAGACAAUUGAAUCUCGAGUUGCACGAAUCAAGGCUCGUGUGGCCGAACUCACUGGCAACAUGGACGGCGCCCGCCGUUAGACGUGAACCGGAGUGGUUCACCGACACCCUUUACCUUGAUUUUGCGAGAACAUGCACUGGUACACAUUGACGAUGACCUUGUUCCUUUCGUUUGUGGAUGGAAGUUUGCACGCAACCUAGCAAGGCGUUGGAGUUUCAGCCUUGUGAUCGAGAUACCACUUCCGCCCUUCUACAGGAUGAAUGUCCUUGUUCAUCUUCCUUGUUUAAUUUUGAGAGUGAGCGUUCUAGCAAUAUUUACGCUCGCUGCAGGACAGCGCACUAAUACCUCCUUCUCUUCGACAUACGCCCUUUAUUCUCGACUCGAGUCGAUUGUGGAUACAACGGCGGGCCAUAUCAAGUUGGUGGAUCGCGAUGAACAUAGAGCAGCGGUGGAAGCAGGAAGACGAAGAAAAGUCUCCUCCUCGUGCACGAGUUGCCGAAGGCGGCAAGUGAGGGCGAGCGAUGGCCGUGGGAGAUAUUUUGGAGGAGAACUGGUGCAAGAACAUAGCUGGCAUACUGCCUCUCUCUACCCAUGUAUCCUUCACAUCCUUGUACCCUUGUGCAAUGGGUGCCAUUGUCAGGUACCUUGCCAGGGGGCGGUAUGCUAGCCGGCCGAUGAAUUGAAUUUUCUGCAACGA